AUGGAAUGCCCCAUUACCACAGAGGGAGACUAUAUGAACUCCCAUGCGACAGGAUCUCCGAUUAGCGAUGACGAUAGCCAGCCAGCGGAAAGGCCUGUUGUUAUGCUAGUCGCCAACGGCAUGCGGUACCACACACAGCAGUCUGUCAUAGAGGACUUGCAGCUGCCCUUGCGCGCUACUCGGCCGGCCUUCCCAGCCCUCCUUGUCAUUGCUUUCUCCUCAUAG